AUGGACAGAAGAGCUAGCUAUGAAGAAUCUAGAUUACAAAGAAGAAGAACAAUUCAAAGCGAAUUAGCUGAUGCCGAAGCUGAAUCAGUAGGUGAUGCAUUACCAGAAGGAUUUAAAGGUGAAGGUUAUGAAGAGAUACCACCAAAACUUGAAAUCAUUUCAAAAUAUGAACAAUAUAGUCCAAUAAUAUUAAACAUCAUUCAUGGAUCGAUAUGGGGUGUUUUAGUUCGAAAAGGAUUAAUGCAAUUAACAACAUAUAAUGGAGCUUAUUUAUCUGGUGUAAUAUGGGCAAAUUUUACAGCAUGUUUAAUAAUGGGAUUAGCUAUUGAUAGUGGUGUAUUUUGGAUGAAAUUAUUAGAUAAUGAUAUUUUCCCAAAUAAAGGAGCUAUACCAGUUUAUACUGGUAUAACAACUGGAUUCUGUGGAACUGUUUCAUCAUUUUCAACAGUUAUAUUAGAUGCUUUCAAUAGAACCGCUGACACUCAGAUUGGAAAAUAUUAUCAUUAUCCUAAUGCAGCUUAUGGAAUAAUGCAAUUUUUUGCAGUAAUGCUAGCAGAAUUUGGAUUAUCUAUAAUGGGCUUUCAUAUGGGAAAACAUAUACUGACAUUGAUUGAUAAUUAUUUACCUUCGAUUAACCACAAGACAUAUAAAAUUAUAGAGAAGAUACUGAUGAUCAUUGGUGUUUGUUUAAUAAUCAUCACUUGUGUACUACUUGGGACUAAACCAAAUGGAUCCUGGAGAAAUUGGACUUUUUCAAUGUUUUUUGCACCUUUUGGAGCUAUACUACGAUUUUAUUUAUCAAAAUAUGUAAAUUCAAAAGUUAAAAAUUUUCCAAUGGGAACUUUUACUGCUAAUGUUUCAGGUACUUUGUUGUUAGCAAUUUUUACAUUAAUUGGAAGAGGAAAAUUACCAAAUGGUAAAGGUAGAAUCAAUUCACAUAUUAUGGGAUGUCAUAUAUUAACUGGUUUGGAUGAUGGAUUUUGUGGAGCAUUGACUACAGUUAGCACAUUCGUAGCCGAAUUAUUUGGUUUAAAAACUAUUCAUAGUUAUUUUUAUGGUGCUACUUCUGCUUUGAUUAGUUUUGCAAUCAUGAUACUAAUAUUAGGUUCUUAUAAUUGGACAGUAGGUCUAACCGAUCCUGUUUGUUGA